AAUCGUGACUUUUUCCUACAGCGAGGUAAAAGGCUCAAAACUUACAAUUAAAAAAAUCUACAGAGGAUGGUGCAUGAAAAGUGACCAAGAAUCAAAGUUCACACAGUUUUAUCUGAGAACUUUGACCACACUGCUCACCGACACCAGUCGCUGAUCAACUAAGGAGGAUAUAAAGAUGGCUCAGGUCCCAGAGAGAUCAUCUUUAAUAUCUUUACUCAGAAGCACUUCGGUUUUUGAGCACCUGUUGGGUUUCCUUCUCCUCACACACUUUUGUGAAGGUCAGUUGCAGAAGCCCAUUCCAUCCACAGUUACAGCGAUGGUUGGUGAUGACGUUGUUUUACCGUGCCAGCUGAAACCUCCCUAUGAUGCUGACAAGGUGACAGUAGAGUGGGGGAGACCUGACCUAGAACCCAGAUUUGUGUAUGUGUGGCACAGUAUGAAGGAAUAUCUGUCUGACCAGAACACAGCCUUCAAGGGAAGAACAUCGCUGUCCAUCGACAAGAUGAAGCAGGGGGAUGUUUCACUGAAACUCUCUGACCUGAGAUACUCUGAUAAUGGAAGAUACAGAUGCUACAUUUCAAAAGAGAGAAGAGAAAACUUUGUCGAUCUUAUUGUUGGAGUUGCCUCCUCACCUGGAAUCAGUUUGGCCGGACUUGAUCAAAGCAGCAGCAGAGUGGUGUUACAGUGCCAGUCUGCAGGCUGGAAUCCGGAACCUGAGCUGUUCUGGCUGGACGAUGAGGAAAACCUCCUCUCUGCUGGUCCUGCAGAGACAGUCAGAGGUCCUGAUGGUCUCUUUACUGUCAGCAGCAGAGUGACUGUGGAGAAGAGACACAACAACAGCUUCAUGUGUAGAGUCCAACAGAAGAACAUCAACCAGACCAGAGAGACACACAUUCAUGUUCCAGAUGAUUUCUUCUAUGUCCCGUUUGACUGCACUGCUUCUAUCAGCUUUAACGUGGUUUUCUGCAUCCUGGCCGUUCUUGGUUUGGCCGCUUUUAUCUGGAAACGGAGACAAAGCAGAAGCUUGAAGAAGAAACCUGAUGAAAAUCGGCAGCUUUUGGAAGAAUUAAACAGAAAAAAAUUGGCUGAAAGCAGGUCUAAACUAGAGCAGGGUCUGAGAAGCCUGGAGCAGGCGAUCGAUGCUCUGGUGGACAUAAAAGAAGAACUGGAGAAGCAGAACAAGAAACUAACUGAACAAAGAAACCAGGCAGAGAAAGAUGCUGAAGAGAAUGAGAUGAAGGUUAAAGCCGUGGAUGAUGAAGUAAAACAGAAAGUUGGAGAUAAAACAGUCAACAAAGCACAAGCAUACUUAAAACUGAAAGAAAUCAUUGAUGAGGUCAAAUAUAAACUAGAUGAGAAAAAGAAAGAUCAGCAAGAGUUUCAGAUGAACACAGAGACUCUAGUUAAGAAGGCAUGUGAUGUGUAUAACAGGAUGACUGAAAUGAAAAAGGAACUAGAGAGUGAUGUGGACAAAAUGAAAAAACAAAUGGAGACAUCUUCAGAGAAAGACACAAAACCAAGCUCCAUAAUGCUGUGGUCAGUGGAUGAGCUGUUCCUAACAUCACAUUUUAACACUAUAAGGGUGCUGGUCAUCCAGUUUCUUCUGCUAUCAGUCUGCAUUGGUCAGUCUGAACUGGUUGGUCCAUCAGUCAUAGCCAAACUCGGCAGUGAAGCCAUCUUGCCCUGUCACCUUGAAUCUCCCAGCGAUGCUACCCUCUUCACAGUGGAGUGGACGAGGACUGAUCUAAACCCAAGAUUUGUGUAUGUGUGGCGCGAUGGUCAGGAACUUCUGGGGAAAAAGCACAAACUGUUUGAGGGAAGAACGUCGCUGUUGAUCGAUGAGCUGAAACACGGAAACGUUUCACUGAAAAUAUCCAAAGUGAGAACAUCUGAUGAGGGCACAUACAGAUGUUUUAUUCCAUCACAGGAAAAGCAGUCGUUAAUUCGGCUAAUUACUGAUGAUAUCUGCUCGCCUGUGACCAGUGUAGCUGGGAUUGAUGAAGACAAGAAAGGAGUUGUUUUACAGUGCCAGUCUGGAGGCUGGUAUCCAGAGCCUGAGGUGCUCUGGCUGGACAGUGAGGGAAACCUCCUCUCUGCUGGACCUACAGAGACCAUCAGAGGUCCUGAUGGUCUCUACACCGUCAGCAGCAGAGUGACUGUAGAGAAAAGAAACAACAACAGCUUCACCUGUAGAGUCCAACAGAAGAACAUUAACCAGACCAGAGAGAGAUGCAUUUAUGUUCCAGUGUGUGCUAAAGCUGAUGAGAAAGAAAAUGGAAAUAAUAAAAAUAAAACAAAUAAGGAGGAACAGAAGCUUGUGAUAGAAGAAAAACAACCAGAGGAGCUUCUGAGAGCAAAGGAAGAGCUGGAAAAAUCUAAGGCGAUGGUGUCAGAGCUUCAACAACAGCUGCAGAAGUCGACUUCAGAGAAGACAGAACUACAGAGACAGCUCUUCUGGAGUUCCAACAAUCAGCAGAAGAAGGAAGAAGCAAGCAAAGAGGUGGAGUUCCUAAAAAUACAUUUUCUCUAUAUUCCUCUAUAA